GGAAGUUCACAAAAUAAAUAAAAUAAAUACAACACCAAUACAUUUGUGAGUUUUGUGCGAACUGUCGUGUAAAAGAAAAAAACAAAAAACUCUUCUAGUGAAAGUUUGCAAAUAAUUCCAUUAACUAUCUUCACAAAUUACUUCAACAGAACAUUAUUCCAGCAAAAUCAAUUGUUUACUUUUUAAUCAAUUUUGUGAUCAUUAGUUUAUCCUUGUGAGUUAACCAAAAUUGAAGACAUCUUCACGAAGUUUCUAGAAAUUACGAGAGAAAGAUUCUGGUCCAGGUUGCCAGUAUUGAAUUAAAAACACGGAGUUAAUAUCAGUAAAUCUUCAGGACACAGAUAUUUUUCAAUUAAAACCAAUUCUAUCAAAAUGGCAAUGCCGACACAAUUCCAAGUAAUUCAUCCUCCAGCUCAGAACCAAAUACCCGGAGCACAUAUGCAUACGCCUCCUUCAAUAUUUGAACAUAUGAUGGGCCAACAAAAUGUGCCUCAUGAGCCAGGUUCUUGGUCACAGAUGCCUCAGAUACCACCGAUGUACAUGCCAUGGAGUAUUCCGAGUAUGCAGCAAUCCCAAAUAAUGAGAUUUACUGGAGAAAAACCAUCGUUUGUUCCUCCUGCUCCUGCUCCUGUUCCUGCUCCUGUCCAUCAAAAGAGAAAACUUGAUAUUCCUGAUAUUCCUGAAACAAGACCAACUAAACAAUUUAUAUCAGAAGAAAAAAUGGCAGCGCACUUCAGAAAUAUGCAUAUAAGUUCUAAUUACAAUCCAAUACCCUCGUGUUCAUCCUCAACAGACUACAAUGUUCAGCCAUCAACUAGCAGUCAAGUCGACCUGAAUGUUGAAAACAGUACAUUGAAUGUAGAAAAUGGUAAAAGUAUGCAUCCAAGACUGGUGAUAUCUGAGGAGCUUAGACGAAUUCAACAAGAACCGUUAAUUCCUACUUCACUGCUGUCUAAAUUCUUUAAUUGCAGAGAGCGACCGUCCAUGGCUUUGGUUCUCUGGGAACCUCCAAGUAAACAUCUGAGAACGUUUAUCAGCCAAGCCGGAAUACAACUGCCGCCUACUAGUGCUAACAAUAACGAAGAAGAUAACAACAACAAUAGUAAUAACAAUAACAAUAAUAAUAACAAUUACAAUAAUCUUAAUCUUAAUAAUAAUAACAACAACAGUCAAUCAGUACCGAAUUUGAACCAGCCAUUGGAACCGGGUAAUCCGGAAUUAGAACCUAUGGAUCUUUAAAUUUUGAUCAUCUUCAUUUUAUUAAUCGAAGAUUUAUAUUAAAAUAUCUAAAUGUUGAAGCGCGUUAUUUUUAUUACUUGUAUCAAGUUUAUUAUAUUAUUGGUGUAGUUUCUUCUUAAUUUUUCAUUUUAAAUAACUUUAUGUUCAUUACAUACCUGUAAUAUAGUAUCAUUGCAUUUUUUAUUAAUACCGCGUAUUUUAUAAUUACAUUAUUGAAUUACUGAUAAGUGAUUGAUUUGUAUUAAUUAUUAUCGAGUUGAUAAAUGAUGAGGACGUGAAUAAUUGGAUUAAUGAAAAAAGAGAGAAAGAAUUGUAUGAUUUCGACAGUAGAAUUAUAUAUCAAAAGUCUGAGUGUGGUUGUUGGAAUAUUGAAUUUUA